AUGUUUACCUCUUGCUCGAUGGCGAAAAAACCUCGCAAUCUGUUUGGGAUUAGCAAGAUUUGUCGGGCGUGUGUCUGGUCGUUCGGCGUGCCUCGCGGCAGGUUCGAGCGAUUUAUUGCGCACGGCCAUUGCAAGCGAGAACAUAAGACCCGUGCCGUUUGCUGGACGUUUCCGCACAUGAUCCGGCGUUUGUUGGCCGUCCACACAACGCGACGACAGACAGAGAGCCUCGUGUUCAACAGGGUUGAAGUUGGGUGA